GUAGCGUCUGUCCCCGCGCUCCUCACACCCUCCCCAGCUGAGGCGUUCGCCAUUGUUCCCAGCGCAGCCAUGGCUCAGCACUUCUCCCUGGCCGCCUGCGACGUGGUCGGCUUCGACCUGGACCACACUCUGUGUCGCUACAACCUGCCCGAGAGCGCCCCGCUCAUUUAUAAUAGCUUUGCUCAGUACCUAGUCAAGGAGAAAGGGUAUGAUAAGGAAUUGCUUACUGUGACCCCAGAGGAUUGGGAUUUCUGUUGCAAGGGUUUGGCAUUGGAUCUGGAAGAUGGGACCUUCAUUAAACUUGCGGAUAAUGGCACUGUGCUCAGGGCAAGCCGUGGCACUAAGAUGAUGACUCCAGAGGCCCUGGCAGAGGCAUAUGGCAAGAAGGAGUGGAAGCAUUUUGUGUCUGACACUGGUGUGCCUUGCCAUUCAGGAAAAUAUUAUUUUUAUGAUAAUUACUUUGACCUGCCAGGAGCUCUUCUGUGUGCCAGGGUGGUGGAUUCCUUAACAAAGCAGAACAGUGAUCAAAAAACAUUUGAUUUUUGGAAGGAUAUAGUCGCUGGUAUACAACACAAUUUUAAAAUGUCAGCUUUUAAGGAGAUUGAGGCAUUAAUCUGGCAGUACUUGUCAUCUAGGCCAGCUUUUGUGUCUGCACCAUCUACUUGUAUGCUGACCACCCACUCUUGCAUCUUUAAGGACACUGUGUGAGCCUGUUGAUCAUCAGCUUCUUGGCUCACAUUCAUAUGUGCAGAUACCUUUUGAC